AUGGCAACAUCCGCUCCAUCUACUACGGCUGACAGCCGCUCUUCCAUGACCUACGAUAUGGGCUUUGGCGAUUCAGAUGACGAUGAUUUUUCGAUGAAUGGUGACCAUGCCGAUCUGAACGUUGACUAUUGGUUCGGUAAAAAGUACUUCGAAUGCCGUCAAUGGACAACUACGCUGCAUUCGUAUCCAUAUCGGCAGGUGCUGCAACGACUCUCUGGCAUGAACGAUGACAGCCACGACUUCAUCGGUGACAGUAGCGCUGGUCAUGCGUUCCAUGCCCUGGUCACUGAAGUCGGACGGACCGUUCGGAUAGGACCACGUGAAGGGCAAGCUAGACUACUGCAGAGACUGCGUCAGCCUCUCCCACGUCCGACUCGUGGCACCUCUGCCGGAUAUUGGCACAAUCUUAAUGAUUCUGAUGUUUUGCCGGGAUCUGAUCCUGGGAAGUUCGCGUCCGCUCUGAAUGAGUACGGCCAGCAGCAUGGUUUUGUUACCAGCUACGAAUACGAGACCAGUCCUGGCAAUAUGCAGUGCAUAGCAGUGGCACUAUGUGGGGAAGAGACGUUCAGGGCUUCAGGGAGAAACAAGAAAGUGGCGCGUCAUGCUGCAGCAUAUCAUGCAUGCCGGCAUUUCGGCAUCCGAGUGUGA